CCAACUGGUCAACUAAAAAAACCUUUUUUUUUUAAUUUUAUUAUUGUACAUUACUAGAAACAAAUGCUGCUAUGUUUUGCUACUGCGAAGAAGAAGAGGAUUUGUUUUGCUGCUGUUGCUUGGUUCAGUGGAUGAAGGGGAAGAAGGUGCUGCUACUCUAUUUGAUGGAUGAAAGAGAGGCUGUUUCUGGCUUUCUACCCAUUGGGAAGGAGAGGAAGGUGAGCAGUAGAUGCUCUAUUCGGUGCUGUUGCUUGUUCGGUGCUACUACUUUGUUCGAUGAAGGGGAAGCUGCUAUUGGUCGGUGGAGGAAGGCAACGAAGAUGGGCCGCAAAAGGGGGUUGCGACGAUGGUGGUGGAGAGCAGAUGUAGAUUUGUUUUGCUGCUGCUGCUAUUGCUCAGUUCGGUACUUCGGUGCUGCUUUUUUAUUCGACGAAGGAGAAGCUGCUGUCUGGUGGAGAAAGGCAAGGAGGAUGAGCUGCGAUGGUGGUUGAGACUCUUGAGAGCAGGGAGGCUAGUGGAGGAAGGAGGAUCUGUUCUAUUUGAAAUCUUGAACUGUCUUCUUGUUUCUAUUUUUUGCAAUUUUUUGGGAUUGCCGAUGUCGAGUAUGGUUUUCUUCUUCUUCUUUUUUUUUUUGGGUUUUGACCUUCUAUUAGGUUUUUUUAUCUGAUCUUAAUUCUAGUUUAGGAGGUUUUUAUGUAAUAACAUUAAAAAGGUGGGAUAAAAUAGGUAUAUUACU